AUGCAGCGUACACUCGCAGCACGGCUGCUGCUACUCGCCGCAUCUAUCGUCUCCACCGCCACCGCCCACCAGCAGCCCUUCGAAGCUACACCGCGCAUCACAUUUACCUCGGCCGCCGAGUCGCACGAGGUCGUCGACUUCACUGGUCAGCAGGUGGUGCGCUUCACAACCGCGUCGCAUGCACAACACCAUAAGCUGCUCGAACACGCACAGGAGCUCGGUCUCGACGUGUGGGCUGCGCAUCGUGGCAGCGCUUGCUCGACGUCGCCAGAUGCGGACGUGUACGGAUGUGUCGAUGUGCGUCUGGCGAGCGACGAUGGCAAGGAUCGGGAUUGGAUGGCGCAGCUCAUGCAGCCGUUCCCACAGCAGCAAAGACCACAUGCGGUCACGAUGAUCGAGGAUGUACAGCGGCUUGUGGCGGCGCAGCGCAGCGAGGUGGACGAGGAGCAAGUCGAGGCGAUGCGCGAGGACAACUGGCAUCGCGACUACCACACCUUUGACGAGAUCACCGCGUACAUGCGCAUGCUCGAGCACAGCUAUCCGACGCAUGCACAGCUCGUACAGCUGGGCACGACGCAUGAAGGCAGACCCAUCCUCGGGCUCAAGAUCUCCGACGACCUCCCCUUGCCCACACCCGAGCCUCAGCCGGAGCCGCAACCGGAACCGGAGCCGCAACCUGAUCCGCCUGCGAAUCUCACGGCAUCUGCACACGGAAAGUUGGGUAUUGUGGUUACGGGUGGACAGCACGCACGCGAGUGGGUCUCGACUUCGAGCGCACUCUACUUUGCGUCGGAUCUGCUUGCUGCGGCGCUGGGUGCACCGUCCAACUCCACGUCGCCUGUCGAAGCGAUGCGUCGGGGCAAGAAGCGCGCGCGCAAGGUGUGGAGCAAGAAGCAGGCGCGCCUCAUGCUCUCCUCGUUCAGCAUCACCGUGGUCCCCGUGUCGAACCCGGAUGGCUAUGUGUAUUCGUGGGACAAGAACCGGAUGUGGCGCAAGAACCGGCAGCCGAACCACUUUCCCUCGGGCCUCUUUUGCAAAGGUGUCGACAUCAACCGCAACUACGACUACGGCUUUAGCGGCUCUUCGAAUGCGUGUUCGGAGAUGUACCCUGGCAGUGCGGCUUUUUCGUCCGCAGAGGCACGGGCGAUUGCGACCUACGUUGAAGAUCCGCAGAAUGGUGUGGUGGGCUUGUUUGAUCUGCACAGCUACGGGCAGCUGAUGAUGUAUCCGUUCAGCAGCGAUUGUGCGCUGCAGCCGGCGGACGAGGAGGAUCUGCUCGAGGCGAGUCUGGGCGCGAUCAAGGCAGUCAAGGCCGUGGAUGGCAAGGCGUUUACCGCCGGAAAGAUCUGCGAGGUCUAUGCGGUCGCAGGAGGGAAUGCGGUCGAUUGGGCCUACGCUGCUUCCAAGGACUCAAACGGCCAACAAAAGGCAAAAGUCAAGUGGUCGUUCAGUAUCGAACUCAGGGACGGUGGAACGUAUGGAUUCUUGCUGCCCAAGAAACAGAUCGUGCCGGCAGCAAGCGAGGCUAGCGCCGCACUCGCGUAUAUCCUCAGCUUCAUCCAGAAAAAGUCGUUCUAG